CAUCACUGUCGACCCCACAAAGACUAUCACGUACACAACAUCACAACUCAUCAAAAUGGGCUCCAAAAAGUCUACACUAAGCGUUCGUGACUUGGAGCUCGCCAGCCUGGCCUGGCAGUGCUUUGAGAAUGAACCGAAGAUGAACUACAAGAAGUUUGCAGAAGUCGGUGGUUUCAAGAACACCAACUCGGCCACCGCGGUCUGGGCCACCGUCAAGAAGAAGCUUCUGGCCCAAGCCAGCAGCACUACCAGCGUCGCUCCGAAAUCCAACAAGCGUAAGAAAGAUGCAGAGACCGAUGAAGAGACCCUCACGAAGAAGCCCCGUACUCAUGUAGCCGCAAAGGCCAAGCCUACCGUCUGCAAUAAUACUGCUGACGUUGGCAAGGAUAGCGAUUAGGGGGAUGUAUGGCACGAUUGCUACUCUUCACGCUCAGAUCAUGGGCGAGGAGAUGCACAGCGCCGGCGAGAUUUUGACGCGAAGUCGUUCUUGGCAACCAAGGACCAGACUACGUAUGCGGUG